AUGUCAACUCCAACCACUGAAGAGCCCUUUACCAUCUUUCAUAAAUUCCCCCCAGAAGUCCAACUCGAGAUUCUCAGACAAUGCUCCGAAGGUGAUCUUGUCUGCCUCUCAUUAACAUGUCGCGAUAUGCAUUACCUUGCGAAACCUCUCCUCUCCGAAAAACCAGAUCUCUCCAAAGUCGAUCAACUUGGAUCUACACCAGACAUGCCCCAAGACUGCAUGGACUCCGACUAUCAAUACGGCACUACUACAAGAAGAGAUAUGCUGCUUGCUACGAAUGCCGAGCCUAUCCGCCUGAACACCCUGUUUGUCAAGUCGCAGGGUGCAAGAAACACUGUGCAUGUAUUUCAUGCCCUCUCUUCGUGCGAUUGCGCGACUGGAUGGGGAGUAGAAAGUAUUGUCGUUUGCAUGGAAGGAAAAAGGUCAGAAAAACUCCAAAUAACCAUUGGACUACGAGAAAAGGCUUGUCAUAUGGAUAUCGAUGGUGGCGAAGAUGGGGGACGCACAACGUUGAUAACGAGGCAUAUCAACCAGAUGCCAAGCCGAGGAUAA